GAGGAUGCGUCCAGCUGCUUUCCUGCCCGUGCAGCUGCGUGACGAUGCCUUGAAUUCGGAGAAAAACAAUGAUGUUUAAAAGCUUAACUGACAAUGCCAAGAAUUUGGCAGCCAAUGCCAAAAUCGAGGAUAUGUCACGAAUAUUCAAAAAUCACAUGGCCGGUAAACCAGAUGUAAAAAAUGCUCUGAGUGGUGUCAUGGAUGGAGGGGUUGAAAAAAAUCUAUCCCCUAAACAAUGCGCUAUUCUUGAAGCCGCUUUAGAUACUAUCAAGUCUUAUUUUCAUGCUAAUGGAAGUGGAUUAAAAAAGAACUUUUUGGAAAAAUCACCUGAACUUCAGAGCUUGAAGUAUGCAUUGAAUCUUUAUAUAGAAAGCACUGAUACGCUCAUUGAACGGUUUGUAACAACUCAAGUUAACCAAGAUUCUUCCAAUGUCGAUGACGAUGUGGGAGAAAUCCAAAUGCAAGUGGACUUAUCAACAAAUUCUGGAUCAGGAGAACAAAAAAUAUGUGUAAAAGUCUUAUCUGCAAAUAAAUUGAAAUGGUCUUUGAGCAGUGGAAUGUUUAAGCCAUUUGUAGAAAUAAAUCUUAUUGGACCAAAUCUUGCUGAUAAAAAAAGAAAACAAGCUACCAAAUCGAAGAACAACUCGUUAUCUCCUAAGUAUAAUGAAACGUUCAAUUUGUAA